AUGGAUGAACGUAUGAAGGAAGAUGUGCGGCAGCUGCAGACCUUCUUGACUAACCAGGAGCGCCUGCUGUCUAAGGAGCAAUUUGAGCAGCUCAGGGAAACGCAGUAUCAGUCAGUAUUGAAGAGGGUCGGCAGCCAUCGUAUGGGCUGGGAAGGCAUCAAUGCCUUGUCAGGGCUGAUUGAGACUGGGCCGUGGACGGAUGAGCAGAAAGCUGGUCUCGGCAUGGCUUUGGGCGAGUGUUCCAAGGAUGUCGCCUCAUGUGGCAAGAAGUCUAGGCCAAACCAAGUCUGUCCUGACUUUACUCCCUUUUGGAGUCAGGAGGAUGUUUUGGUUCUACGUGCUCCAGAAACUUCACUGGUGGGGAAGUUGGAGCAAAUUGCAGCAAGGCUCGUGAAAAUCGGGAUGAUGUGGGCCUCAGAGCUGUGUUAUGGAGAGAUCAUGCGCUCGGCGCAAAGCUUGGGACUCUGUGUCGACAACUCCACCGAGAAUCUCAAGCAGCUGAAGAGUUACGUCCGUCGGCGACGACGCCAUGUGAAGUUGGACGACAGCCUCUUUCAGCAGAAAUUUGUGACAUUGGAGGACAUUAAAGUUCCGGAGCCUUAUUCAGAUUCUCCGUGCGCGGAGAUGGUCACAAAGGGAAAGGACAGAUCAACUCUGUUCAGUGGCCACUUGCGAGGCCCCAAGUUUCUCGACAAGGUUUGGUGUACCGCAAUUCAUUUUACAGUUGGGCUGAGCUUCAGGAAAGAGGGAGCGAGUGCGGCUACCUCUUUGGCCCUUGCCCUCCCGGGUGCGGAGAAGUCUGCUUUGGCGCCCUUGAAACCUCUUUUUGAUCUCCUCGCGCCUUUGCUUGAGCAAGCUAAUGCUCCCCGAAGCUCCAAGGGCCAUGGUGCUGGUCUCGCAAACUUGCAAAUCUUUCCGGGCAAGCGGCCAGGGCGUGAGCCCUCCAGAUCGCCACGGUCUGAACUAAGUGAGGCGAACGAUUCACAGGAGCAGCAGCCAUUGCAAGCUGCACCUGCACCAUCACCGAUGACUAUGAUGGUUCCAGCUAAGUCCAAGCAGCCUGAUGAGCCAGGGAUGAGUGAUGAGGAAUACGAGCCCGAACAAGAUGCGAAACUCUUUGCCAAGGCCAAAGAGGACAGAAAGAGGAAACGUCUUGAGGAGAAGACCGCCAAGGCCAAAGCGAAAGCAUCAGCCAGCAAAGAGACAGAGAAGGAAGAAGAUUCCUGCCAAGAAGACGAGGCAAGCGCCGCCAAGGCAGAGACCGAAAAGCCCGUCAAGGCAAACGCCGCCAAGAAGACGCGGCAAGUGCCGCGGGUCUUCACUGGCCCGGAGAGACCGCCCAUCAUGAAGGAUGGUGAUCCGACGACUCACUACCUUCAAGGAAAAGUCCACCGCAAUAGCGGCUGUAAGAAGUUCAGGGUCUUCUUGCAGGCUGGUGAUAGACAGGACAAGGCUGUCAGCUACAAGAAUGAUGAGUCAGCCGCAUGGGCAACCUGCUGCAAGCUCAUCGAAGAACAUGCCAAAAAGCUGGCGGCUGAGAACGUCGACUGA